ACCAGUGCCGUACCGCUGGCCAAACGUGACAUCAAAGAGGAUCUCCUAAAACGGGCCACUGAUCUGGAAAAGGCCGGUCAGGACUUCAGUAAGAAGCUCAGGGAUGAGGGAAAGAAAGUGGAGGCAGACGUAGUGGACAAGGAGGUGGAGGCCGUCAAACGUAUCGCUAAGGAACUGGAGGCCGCCAAAGAGGAGCGAGAGGUCGAGCGCCUGGAGGUUGAGUUACUGGUCAUUGAGGACAGACUGAACGACAUCAUUAAGAGGGGAGACCAGACCCGCCCUCCCCGACCGACAUCUACCGUCGCCCCCAGAGUCAGGCGCGAUAUUAAGGACGACCUACUGAAGAGGGCACAGGAGCUCGAGAAGGCCGGUCAGGACGCGAGCAAGAAGUUGAAGGACGAGGGCCGGACCCGGGAGGCCGAGGAGUUGGACAGGGAGGUGGCUAUAGUACAGCGUAUCGCUAAGGAACUGGAGGCGGCUAAGGAGGAGCGACAGGUCGAGCGCCUGGAGGUUGAGCUCUUGGAGGUGGAGAACCGAUUGAACGACUUGAUUAAGCGCGACGAUCGUACCCGACCUCCGCAGCCGACUACCGGUGCGCCCAGACCUACUACAGGCGCCCCGAGACCGAGCACUACCGGCGCGCCCAAUGAUGUCAAGGACGACCUACUCAAGAGGGCCCAGGAGUUGGAAAAGGAGGGACAGGCAGAGAGCAAGAAGCUCAGGGAUGAGGGCAAGAAAGUGGAGGCAGACCUACUGGACAAGGAGAUAGAGGGCGUCCAACGUAUCGCUAAGGAACUGGAGGCGGCUAAGGAUGAAAAGCAAAUCGAGCGCCUGGAGGCCGAGCUGAAGAUCAUUGAGGACCGAUUGGCUGAGACCAUUAAACGGGACGAGCGAACCCGCCCUCCCCGACCGACAUCUACCGUCGCCCCCAGAGUCAGGCGCGACAUUAAGGACGACCUACUGAAGAGGGCACAGGAGCUCGAGAAGGCCGGUCAGGACGCGAGCAAGAAGUUGAAGGACGAGGGCCGGACCCGGGAGGCCGAGGAGUUGGACAGGGAGGUGGCAACAGUACAGCGCAUUGCUAAGGAACUGGAGGCGGCUAAGGAUGAGCGACAGGUGGAGCGCCUGGAGGUUGAGCUACUGGGGGUCGAGAAUAGGCUGAAUGACUUGAUUAAGCGCGACGAUCGCACCCGACCACCGCAGCCAACUACCGGUGCGCCCAGACCUACGACAGGCGCCCCGAGACCUACUACCGGCGCUCCCGGUGCCCUCCUAAAUGACUUGAAGGAGGACCUACUGAAGAGGGCCCAGGACUUGGAAAAGGAGGGACAGGCGGAGAGCAAGAAGUUGAAGGACGAGGGCAAGACCCGGGAGGCCGAGGAGUUGAACAGGGAGGUGGAGGCCGUUCAGCGUAUCGCUAAGGAACUGGAGGCGGCUAAGGAUGAGCGAGAGGUAGAGCGCCUGGAGGUUGAGUUACUGGUCAUUGAGAACCGAUUGGCUGACAUUAUUAAGCGCGACGAUCGCACCCGACCCCCGCAGCCCACUACCGGUGCGCCCAGACCUACCACACAGGCUGCUUGUGCCAGAUCAUGUGAACAGUUUUCGCUGCACUCGUGUGCUGUAAACUCGUUGGCGGCGACUGUCGCCCCGGUAGAUCCAGUCAAGGAUCAGCUGAUCAAACGCGGUGAGACAUUGGAGGCCCGGAUUAAGGCUACCGUCGCGAAACUGACGGCCGAGAAACGGGAGCAUUUGGCGGGUGAGCUCCUGGCGGAGGAAGCGCGUGUCAUAGCCCUGAUCAAUGAGUUGAAGACUACUAGUCCCGGACCGGAGGCCCUGAGACUUCUCGAGGCCGAGAUCGGUCGUGUUGAGGAUCGCGUGGAUAUCGAGGAGAGACUCAUCGACAAGGAAACGGAGGCCCAGGACACCCUACUUAAAAACGCCCAGACACUCAAGGGGUACGUGACCCAGGAGAUUGCCAUACUGCAAAACGUGACAGGUCCUCAGAAGGAACAGGCGCUCCGGGCGGCCGAGAGGUUGCGCCGGGAGGAGAGCCGUCUCGAGCAGAUCGCCAAAGAGCUCGUCGACGCCCAGACGCCCCGUCGUAUCGCCGAGUAUGAGGUGGAGCUCCGGGUCAUCGAAGUGAACAUCGAGGAGGCGCUCCGCGAUCUACACUUUAUACCCACCCCCUCACCCGCCCCUACUCCUAAGCCAACACCCGCCCCUACUCCUAAACCAACACCAGCGCCCACUAAGCCCCCCACUAAGCCUCCCACUUGGUUCAGUAAAUUGGCUAAGGUAGAUUCCUCUGAAAGUGCCAGUGAUAUAGAUAGCAAAAACAUCCACUCGUUGGCGGCACCCACUGAAGUACCACCGGCCCCGACAACCGGCGCCCCGGGCACGACCCGAGCUGCCGACCCGGUCCGGGAUCUGCUCAUUAAACGCGGUGAGGAACUGGAGGCCCGGAUUAAGGCCACCGUCAAGAAACUGACGGACGAGAAACGGGAGCACUUGGCGGGUGAGCUCCUGGCGGAGGAACAGCGUAUCGAACCCCUGAUCAACGAGUUGAAGACUACUAGUCCCGGACCGGAGGCCUUGAAACUCCUCGAGGCGGAGAUCACCCGUAUUGAGGAUCGCGUGGAAAUUGAGGAGAGACUCAUCGAGAAGGAGACGGAAACCCAGGAAACCCUACUUAAAAACGCCAAAAUCCUCAAGGAGUACGUGACCGAGGAGAUUGCCAUACUACAAAACGUGACUGGUGAGCACCGGCAUCAGGCUGAACAGGCUGCCCGUGCCCUGCGCCGGGAUGAACUCCGUCUCGAGCAGUUGUCCGCUGAACUCGUGGACGCCCAGACACCCCGCCGUAUCGCCGAGUAUGAGGUUGAGCUCCGUACUAUCGAAGUGCGAAUUUAUGAGGUGCUCAGGCAACUGGAUUUUCACCCGCCUACACCCACCCCGAGUCCGGUUACAACAGUCCCGCCUACUACUACGUCAACCGGCACCGGUACCUAUAUGCCACACCCUCCUACUAAAGCUUAAUUAAGCGUGUUGAUUUU